GCUGUGGAGUCCAGAGUCCAGGCUGGUUGGUAGCGGACGGACCAAGGGACGGGGGAGCCUAACGCCGGACAGACACCCUGACCCCCAGGACAAGGACCCCCCCAACCACGCUAACACCAUGGACUAUGUCAGCGCCCUGGCCCCCGCCUCCCUGCUGCAGUCGGUGUCCAGCGCUGGCUUGGAGCUGACUCGUCGGGUCUGGGCCCCCCGUGCUCCCCCCCAGCGCCCCUUCCGCGUCUGCAACCAGCGGCGUGGAGGCCGCACGGGGCUGAUGGCCGGGACCCUGCAGGAGCUGCUGGCCAAGGCGAUGGAGGCGCUGCUGGUGGCGGGGCUGGCAAGGCUGGUGCUGGAGGAGGACGGGACGGCGGUGGAGAGCGAGGCCUUUUUCCAGACGCUGCCCCCCGACACGGCCCUGAUGCUGCUGGGCCCUGGGCAGAGCUGGAGCCCCCCGCGGGGAGGAGCUCAGGCCUAUGGGUGGAGCCGGGAGCGGCCGCGCCAGGGGCAGGACAUCGCCCGCAUCACCUUCGACGUCUACAAGCUGGGCCCCCGCGACCUCUUCGGGAGCCUCAACGUGAAGGCCACGUUCUACGGGCUCUACUCCAUGAGCUGCGACUUCAAGUGCCUGGGCCCCAAGAAGGUGCUGAGGGAGGUGCUGCGAGUGGUCUCUGCUGUGAUGCAGGGAAUGGGGCAGCUGCUGCUGGGAGCCUCCAGUUACAUCCGGCGCCUCCUGGAGGGGGUGGAGACCUGGCACCAGCCCACCCGGCUCAGCCACUAUGAAGACUGAGGCCCUUGGCCUGGCCCCAUCCCUACCCCACCCCAGUGGACUCAGUGCAUCCACGACGCUGCUGCUAUUACAAUAAAAAGGCUAUUUAAGUCCA